GACGAUCUGUACCAGUCUAUCCCCAUUUCAAGCUCAGUUUUCAACUACCGUGACAUGCUGUGUAUAUAGGAAUAUAUUACCUCAACCCAGGUUGGGCGGGCAGUGAGAUAAGUGGCUGGGCAUGAAACCUCACGUCUCUGCAAGGGCAGAACCUUACUUAUAAGAGCGAGCUGGACACCGGGCUGCGAGACUUGCACGGCCUAUCUCUGCAUGCCUCUACUGCUAAGAUAAAUACGUCGCCGAGAUGAAGUCGUUAUCCAUUGCAUUAGCGCUCGCUGCGCCAGUUCAGGCUGGUCUGCGAUUUGGGUGCUCGUCAUUGACCAUCCAACGUAUUGAUCCUGUUGUUGAGCCGGGAAAUAACCCUUCGGCCCAUGUCCACCAUAUCGUAGGUGGGAACGCCUUCAACGCCACCAUGACUGGCGAUGUUGGAGCGAGAGCCACCUGCACCACCUGUGAGAUGUCGGAGGACUUCUCCAACUACUGGACCGCAGUGCUGUACUUUAAACACCCGACCAACGGUAGCUACCACCGAGUCCCAGUGACUAACAACGCUGCUCUGGCACCCGGUACCAAGGGUGGCAUGACUAUCUACUAUACCCAGCAUGAUUUCACCACCGACGACUUGAAGAAUCAGCCUAUUACUGCUUUCAAGCCAGGAUUCCGUAUGACAGUUGGCAGCCCGACAACAGAAACUUUGGACAAGGCCAAGGGCCACAUUGGUCUGCGAUACAACUGUUUGCAGACCACUCUUAAUCGAGGUCCGGAGAUGGUGGACUUCCCUACCAGGCCCUGCCCGGGUGGUAUAUUUACUGUUCACCACUUCCCAGCAUGCUGGGAUGGCAAGAACCUUGAUAGCCCCGACCACCAAUCCCACAUGUAUAACACCAUUAAGUACGACGGCUUUACGAAUGCCCCGCCAUGUCCUGCAUCUCACCCCGUCCGCAUGCCUCAAUUGACCUAUGAGACGGUCUGGGACACGACCAAGUUCAACAGCAUGUGGCCCUCAGGAGCCCCCAAUCCGUUUGUAUGGAGUUUCCACGGAACCAGCGGCUACGGCACUCACGCCGACUACAUGUUCGGCUGGAAGGGCGACUCGUUGCAGCGUGCUAUGAACAAGUCUGAAUGCUUCUACGAUGGCUGCGGUUCCAUCACGAAGCAAGUCAUGUCUACGGCUAACAAGUGUACCGUCCCUGAUAUGGUUGGUGAGGAAACUGAUGGAUGGCUCGACCACCUUCCGGGUAUGUCGAUGUAAGAGGAGCAUGUAAGUAAAGAUGGUAUAAUGGAAAUCGUAGCGGGGCCCCACGAUUUGAAGUAUAAGCUCGUUCGUUUCGUCGUAUAAAUGGGUAGUGUCAUGAUCUGCUUUGACUAAAGAGAACCCAUUAGGUACCUACAUUAGGUUAAGUAGUUAUUUAGAAAUUAUCCUUUGUGUCCUUAGUACGUGAAGUACACGUAGACUCCAUGGCCCUUAUGAACCCCAUUCCGCCAGCU